UGUGUGAUAAUAGAGAAAAGACAAAGAGACAAAAGAGUAAAAAAAAAAAGGCAAAGAGAAAAUAAAAGAAAAGAAAAAACAAAGGGGAAUAUAUAAUAGUUAAGUGGGUGAGUAGAGAUACUUAGGGUAGCGUGAAAUUAAUUAAGUAGCAAGAGAAAUCGAGAAUGGGGCGGAAGAAGGUGGUUCUGAAGCGAAUUGAGGACAAGAGCAGUCGACAAGUGACUUUCUCGAAGAGGCGAAGUGGGUUAAUCAAGAAGGCUCGAGAGCUCUCUGUUCUCUGCGACGUCGAGAUUGCGCUCUGCGUCUUCUCCAGCCGCGGCAAGCUCUACGAAUUCUCUAGUGGCAACAGCUUGUCCAAGAUCCUCGACCGUUAUCAGAGUCGCUUUCAGGUGGAAAUGAAGGAAUCCAAAGGUCUUAAUGACAUAGAGAAAAACCACUUGGAGGAUGCAAGUCUAGAGGAUGUGAGUCUACCAUCACAUGCAGAGCUACUAGAAAUGGUUCAAAGUCAGCUCGAAGGGCCAAAUGUUGAGCAGUUGAGUGUGACUGACCUUGUGAAACUAGAGAGACAAUUCAAUGCUGCACUUUCACAAACCAGAUCCAGGAAGACACAGCUGAUGUUGGAGUCCAUAAUGAGCCUUCAUGAAAAGGAAAGGAUGCUGAGAGAAGAAAAGAAGCUAUUACAGAGGAAGAUCAGAGCGACGCAGGAUACUAAAGACAGAACUGAGGUGGUGCUGGGGUUAAUUAAACAUUCAAAUAAUCAGUUGGCCCAUCCACCGCAACUGGAAACACUUAGUUUGCUUCCAUAGCAGGUUGGGAGAUGGCACAGUCUUUGUGCUUGAAAGGUGCUUCACAUUAGCUGUGGGAUAUGCUGACACUUAUCAGUCCCUUUUAAAUAUUUGAGUGAAUGCAUGUUAUAUAUAACCUACCAUGUAUGUAUAAGAUUACUUCUGAAGUGGUAUCCUUUGCUCUUCUUAAUUCUACAGUGGUAUCUAUUAAUUCUUAGCUGUGUUCUGUUA